AUGCCUGGAUCAUCGAAAGCACCUACAACCUACAGUGGUCUCGGGACUUGGCGAGCCUGCGAAAUUCUGUCCCUCGAGGCUUCACUGACACAUGAUGACAUGACGGCUGACCUAUUUUUGACGAUUAGUUCAGCCGUUGCCGUCAAACAGCUAGAUGGAUGGUCAUCGAAGCUCUUCCGCGACGAAGUCGUAGGGGAGUGGAAAGUUCGACAAAAGUCCGACGGCGAAGUUCAAUAUUCCUUACAUCUGCACUGUCAUGUUAGCGGGUCUCAUUCAUUCCUCGCACCCCCUGUCAUCCGAAGCUGGAUAUUUGAAAGAGAAAUGCCAUUGGUUUUGGAGUCCAUCAUGUACGCUGAGAAGGCUUUGCUCGCUUCGCAUCCAGAUCUUACCGCUGCAACAGUAUGGAUCCACUACCACUCCCACUCGCCCAGCUUCGACAGAGCAGAUUGCUGGGGUCCUUUGCACAGCAGUCUAUCGCGUUCCAGGGAUGACGCGACUCUACUAGACGUUCUGGCCAUCUGCUUAAGAGACCUGUUUCGCUGGCCAUUUGACAGCCCAGACGUGCAGAGUGCUCCUGCUCCAGCCUUACCCCUUCAGCCGCAGUUCAAUCCCAUUAGACAGCUCCGACCACAAACGCUGGCUCUUAUCUCCAGAAAACACCCAGAGCAAGUGUUCGUUCCGCUGGUUCUGGGUUUCGUCUAUGUUUUGAAUUGUGUUUUUCUCAUGAACGUUCUUGCUGCCACAAUGCAGUGA